CCCUCCUCGCCCUGCUGGCAGGACUGCUAGUGGUUUCGUCGCUCGCCGUCGGAAGAGCGACAGAUUGGACGCCACCAGACGCGUCGCGCAUCUCGCAUCAUGGAGAGUCGCACGGGUCCGCGAGCGUCGCUCGACAUCCCCAGUCCGACUCAGCGUCGCACGAGUCUCCUCGAGGCCGCUCCUUCGCGCCCACCGGCCGCCGGGCCCAUCCUCGAUGGCUCGCAGCUGUGUGCGCUGCUGGACCUCAACGCCGCCUGGCACCUCUGGCCCACCAACUCCAACCGCUCACGCCGCUGCGAUCAAUGGGACUACAUUCAAUGUACCCGGCAAGGCUUCAUCGUAUCCAUUGACCUGUCGUUAGGUGCUGUCAAUGCAACCAUGCCGCUCACUAUCUUCUCUCGCAUGCCACAACUCAGACGCCUUGUGCUGUCAGACAAUCUGCUUUCCGGCUCCAUCACUCACCUCUCUCUGCCCUCCUCCCUGCGUGUGCUGGACCUCUCCCAUACGUCAAUCUCAGGCGCUCUGCCCUUAACUCUCUCUGCCCUCCCUGCACUCUCCUACCUAGACGUAUCGGCCACUUCGAUUUCUGACAGCCUACCAUCCACUCUCAGCCGCCUCUCUCUCCUCACAUACCUCAACGUUGGUGCAUGGAACAUCACUGGGCGAGUGGAGGACCUCUCAUGGCUUUCAAGCCUCACCAAUCUGCAUACGCUCCAUGCAUUUGUGCUGGAUGGCCUUGGCUCUGUGACUGGGGAUCUGCCAUCCCUCACCUUCCUUACCACUCUUAAAGCCAUGCAAAGCCUGUAAGCCUUCGAGUGAGGAUAUUGUAGGUUGCG